CAUCAAUCGGCUCUACUUUUAAGGUUAUGAAUUUCCCUUCGAUCUUAGAUCCCAUUGAGUCAUUCCGAAUCGAUUCUUUUGCUGCUGGAUGCGCUCGACUCUCAGUCGGUCCCCUAAAAUUGCCGAACUCGUAAGGUUUAGCUCUCGCCUUUGGCACCUCCCAACUUGACGUCUUUAUUACUGUCAAACACCCAAACCUCGCAGCUUUGGGAGCAGUGACGCAACACGGCAACGAGAAAAUCAUACGUCGUUGUAGUUCGCUAGGAUGAAUAUAUCACUAAAUAUGGCCUUAACAAUGGCUCGGCCUCCUUCCAGAACUUCAACCUUCCCAACACCCGCAAGCCUUACAGAAAGAACAGAAUCCUCCCGCUCAAAAAGUUUUUCAAUAUACAAAGGGGUUUCAGAAAGGCCCAAUGGCUGGAAACAGAGAACAUCAGUAAGAAACCUGGGCUUGGGCUCAACUGCAAGAGAUGCGAGUGUCAGAAGGUGGGAUGGCGCCGCACGACAAUCAUCAGAUUGGGAUUCCCUCAGAAAGGAUCCAGAAUUAUGGGAUCCUCAAGCAAACUGCAUCGUCCACUUAUAUGGACGAGGUCAAUCUAGAAGAGGUCCAGCUUUCCGAGUUCCUAUGGAAGGACUUCUCGCGACUCGAUGCAAGCCUCUCGUGGACAGAUUCUUGGUUACGGCCGGGAAGGCGUCACCAUCGUCAGAAGAUAGUUUCGAAGAUAGCUGCUUCAGCCAAGCAAGUACCAGAAUGUAUGAGCUUUACAUCCCACCACCACCCGAUGCCGAUCGAAAAGAAGCUUUCUUGUAUCACAUGGCAACACGCAAUUUCUUUGCUUGGAUAUUUGGAAAGCCUCUUGUUGGAAACCAUCUCGGCGCUGCUCUCGUGGGUUUGCUGAACAGCAUGAGCCAGUUCAGAUCUGCAGGAGAGGACAACGUCCAAGCGAUAAUGGACUACAUGGACGAGGAAGGAUAUGCAGACAUGAGGAGUCAGCCGGACCAUGCCCUCGCAAUCCUGUUCUUCGCAGAGCAUUUCCGUUUCAGGGACUUGUGGAUCGAUGCAUUUGCACAUUGCACUGGCAUGAACGAGAAACUGAUCAACAGCCUUGGAUUUGAGUUUAUGAGCAGGACCUCACGUGCACUCGUCACCCGUUCUCGAUUCGAAAUGGAUAUGCGACUAGACAAUUGCGGCAGAAAACUUGGUUCAUUCCUUUCCGACGACUUAUCAGAAACCCAUCUUGGACUCUCGCCUGCUGCUCGAUCACACCUGGACAGGUUUCGGUCAUUCCUUCAGUCAUACUAUGUAGCCAAACUUGGCUAUUACCCACCAGCAUCCUGCGAGGCGCGAAGUGCGUCUUUCCCAAAGAAUAUCUAUGGUCAGAUGUGCCAGGAGUUCCAGAAAUUAUACAAUUACCUUGUCGAUUUCAACUUUACCUCAUCGGAUACUCUACCACUGUCACACCAAGGAGGCAUAUGUGUCCAGCAAACUCUAGAUUCAUUCAAUCAACGUCACAAGUACAUACCGCUGCUUCACCCAUUACCCCUCCUCCCAGAAGCCGAGGAAGAAAAGGCCACCCAGAGAUCUUCCCUCAACAGGCGAUUUAGCUUUGUGCCAAAGGCCAACAAGAUGAGGCCUGACCCAAGUUUGGUCGCAUUCUCCUCUCUGUGCAAGGCCACAAAUCGCAUGGACCAAUCCCUCUUUGACUGCACACUCGUUCGAGCAUACCGAGGUUUUGAGAAAGAAUGCAACUUCUCCAAUUCCAAAAUUGAGAAGAACGAUAAGCUCUCUCAUUCUGAUGCUCGAAAAGUCCGCUGGAUCUUGAUCUACGCGACUCUCCAGACACUGCGUUCAGCAACAAUCCCUCCUGAACAGGUUCGCGAUACCCAAAAUGUGCCUUACAACAUCUGUGUCCUUACUGCCGGCUGCCCACCGUGGAAAGAAGAGAGGCCCUUGGAGACUCUCCUCCGAACACAGACCGACCAGACAAAGCUUGACUUCCAAGCGCAGUUGAAAAUAGACGCAGAAACCGAGAAGUCCCCAAAUGAGAUCAAGCCCGACAUCGACUACCGAGCUAUUAACCACAAGAGCCAACAUAAGGGAGACUCCAGCUAUUCCAGCCUUGCCUCGAUAUCUUCAUCAAAGUCAACCAAGAACACAGUGAAAAAAGCGCUCACCACGCUCGGCAACAUGCCAGAGCUUAUCCAUCCUCGACCGCAACGAGCGUCCUAUUACGAGAUUCUUGUCCAUGGUUACGGCAAUGGCACGAACACUGUCAGCACUACCGCAGCACCUGCAAACACCAAUGGCGAACAAGGCACUCCUCGAAAGCUAUCAUCAGAGUCUGGAUCAUCAUCCACAGAGGAUCUCUCGUCAAGAUGGUCGAACACCUCUGGCGAAGCACAUGAUGUGGACAGUCCAACUACAAGUUUCAGCGGCAGCAGGAGAGGAUCUGAUUCUGGGACUGAGGAGUCAAAGAAGUCCAUCAAGGAGUUCUUGGAUAGACCUAUGAGUUCGCUCGGUCUUGUGAGAGUACCAAGCAGUGUAUACGACGAGUCCGUCUUACCACCGGAUCCACUACAGUUGAAGAAGAAUGUAGAGGAGCAGUACAUGAAAGUCACCAGAGAGGUGAAAGUUGAGUGGGAGGAGGACAAGGGUGGUAAGGCCAAUGAUGAGUUGUUGGCCUAUCUUGAUGCUUAAGGGUUUGAAAAAGCAACCCUUUCUUUUGUUGGAUGUUCAUUACCCAUAUACCCUGUACACUCUUUAACUUUGGAAUUCCUUGUGUCUUCAGCGUUGACGGGAAACAACGACUUAUGAUAUUGUGUAAUUUUAAUGUCUGUAUUAUAAUGUCCGGUCUCGAAAGGAAGGUUCAAGGUUGGAAUGAAAUUUCUGGAAGCAAUUCAGACUAAACUUACUGUGAGAGCGAAAUCCUGAAUGAAACUCCC